AUGUACAAGCGAAGCAAGGACAGCGCGUAUGGGAAGACGAGCUGGAGGGAGCAGAUGGAGGAUGUCGAGUGGGCUGUGAGGCAUACGCGGGAGGUGUUCAAACAGGGCGACGUGCCGGUGUUCUUGUACGGACAGUCAAUGGGAGGAGGUCUAGCUCUGGCGUUAGCGACUAGGCCGAGUGCUCCACCAGCUCAGGAGGCAGUUGGCUUGCUGUCUGGCGUCAUAGCCAGCAGCCCACUCGUUACCCAGACGAAGCCCGCUUCAAAGGUGGCCAGGUGGAUAGGUGGUAGGGCUAGCAUGUUCUCGCCAAAUAUGAACAUUCCCGCAGAGAUUAAUCCUGAGCAUCUGUCCCGUGAUCCCGAGGUCGGAAAGGCCACCCUGAAGGAUCCCCUGAUCAAACAGAUUGGGUCGAUACGCGGCAUCUCAGACAUGCUGGACGGUGGAGAACAGUUGCUCGCCAAAGACUACGAGCGGUGGCCUCCCGGUCUUCCGUUAUUGGUAGUUCACGGUACUGAGGACCAGGUCACGUCACCUAGGGCAAGUGAGGAGUUCUUCAACAAAGUACCGGCAGAAGAUAAAACCUACAUACCCUUUGAGGGUGCAUACCAUGAGGUCCAUAACGAGAUCCAGAACACGCGGGAGCAGCUGGUUGAGGCGUGCAUUUCCUGGGUGGAGCGCCAUCUGGAGCAGAAGCCAGUGGAGUCUAUGUUGUGA